CUGAACAAGAAGCGACCGAUUCGACUUUGGUCGGAUAGAUUUUCCGCGACGCGUUUUGUUGUUGUUGUUGUGAUCGCUCUCUCAGCCAUUCCAAACCUGCGGAGCGAUACCACCACCGGCAGCAGCAUCAAGUGGUCCUUGGCUGAUCCCCGCUUGGGGUAAAAUAGAAGAAAAGAAUUUCAGGAAGGAAUUUGCGCACAAGUGAGCAGUCGCACAUUUCUUCGGUUCUUGUUGUUUGUAGCUUUUGAAACCGUGAUCGGCGCGAGUGAGUAAUUUUCACGUAGAUCGUCCGGCAAAAGGCAGUGAAUUUUGAACGGAAAAGGUUUUUUCCUAGGAAAAUUAGGUCUUGUGCGCGUGUUACUUAGGUGAGAAUACUCGAGAAAAAAUGUCUGAUUUAGAGGAAAUCGGUGAUAUGAGCAAUUUCGAUGCCUGGCUGGAGAAAGAUUUUCUUAGUAAGAUCAGCCGGCUGGAGACGGAGUGUGAGGAUUCCCGGGAGAAGAUUAAACUGUUGGAUAAGGAUCUCAAGAAGAAGACUAUUGAGUGCGACAUUUUGAGGGCAAAGGUGGGAAAGUUGGAAACAGUUCCCUCAAAUAAUGCGGCUUCAACCGAAAAAAUUGAAGGGUUGGAAAAGGAGCUGAAGAGGAAAACUAUGGAGCUGGACAUUCUGAGAUCGAAACUAUCCAAUGCAGAAACUAAACCGGAAGCUUCACAGGAUUUAGUUGAAAGAGUUAAACAGCUAGAGAGGGAGCUGAAAAAGAGGAUUAUUGAGAAUGGCAUUUUACGAGGAAAAUUAACCGAAGUGGAAUCUGAACCGUCUACGCCCGAUGCACAGGAAAAGAUUGACGAUUUGGUGCGGAAUCUUCAGCGCACUGAGAGUGUAGUCCUGAAGGAAAAGGUAAAGGAGUAUGAAGGAGAUCACGAAGAAUCCGAGCGAACAGGGGAGCUCGAACGGGAGUUAAAGAAGAAGAGCAUUGAGAGUGAUAUCCUGCGAUCGAAACUAAAGCAAUUUGAGAGCUCACCUGGGUCCCAUCAGGAAUCCAGUGACAGAAUCAGGGAGCUGGAGAAGCAAGUGAAAAAAUAUCAAAUCGAAGCCGACAUUUUGAGGGGCAAGGUAUCGUCGAUGGAAACGGAUGCUGCUGACAAGGACGACGAAGAAUCGAGCGAGAGGAUCGAAGAACUGGAAAAGGGACUUCAGAGAAGCACAACCGAGGGAAACUUACUGCGGGCAAAGAUGCGAAUGUUUGAAAGCGAAUCUACGGCUGCUCAUGAUUCCAGCAGCGAAAAGAUUGACGAACUGAAAAAAGGGCUUAGGAAGAGUACUACCGAGAGCCAGAUUCUGCGUUCUAAACUGUCAGAGAUGGAAAAUAAACAAACUGCUAGUGGUGUCAGUACUCACAAAAUAGAGCAACUGGAGCAAGAUUUGAAGCAGAAAACUAUUGAAAAUGACAUUCUCCGAUCAAAAGUUGAGCAGCUGGAAAGAGUUCCAUUGGCUGACAGUCCGGCAAAUGCCAAGGUUGAAGCGCUUCAGAAGGAAGUACGCAAGUUGAAAAUUGAAAACGACAUCCUACGGUCGAAGUUAAAUCAAGCCGAAGAAGAACCAACUGAGUCGCAGGAGUCAAGCGAUCGUAUAAGCGAACUGGAAAACAUACUGAAGAAACGCACCAUCGAAAGUGAUAUAUUGAGAGCAAAGGUCACGCAGUUGGAAUGUGAACUCUCCCCGACCAAGAACUCCAACGAACGGAUUGAGGAUCUGGAAAGUGAGCUGAAGAAAAAGAUGCUCGAAAAUAACAUUCUCAAAUCGAAGAUCACUCAGCUGGAAGGGGAAGUGCAUGCGCAUCAAGCAAACUCGAAGAAGGGCGAUUCACAAGAGGUGAGAAAACUGAAGGAAAAACACGAAGAGGUACUCACCAAAGCCAAGGAGCUGCUAUUCGAGCGUACGAAAACGGUCAAAACGCAGGAAAUGCAAAUCAAGGCCCUCCAGAAUCAGAUCGAAAACAUCAAGGAGGUCGUCACCGUCACCAAGGACAUGCUGAACAUUCGCAACAUGGAGCACGAGCAGCUUCAGACCCGCUUCGAAAACAUUGACGGCAAAAUGAAGGCCGAACGGGAGCGGCAAGCGCUGCUCGAGAAGAAACUGACCGCUUCGCAGAAACUGUACAACGACUUGCGGGAGGAGUACACGAAGCAGGUGGAACUGUUCAAGGCCUCCUCCGUUUGUUCCACCGGCAGGAUAUCCAGAAGACCUACGCCGAAAAGAUCGAGCUCAUCAAGAAGGAAGUCGAGCAGGUCCGAAAUGCAAGAAGCAACUAAUGACCUGGAAGCACUUCAGCGCCGUCAUCCGGAUGAGGUACGACCCGGCCGUAGUUUUGAUCUGCGCGAGGAUGAGGAUCGCACCGGUCACCAGUGUUGUUGUCAAACGUCGUGAGAUUGAGCUUUAUUGGCAACAUUAGGAACUUUAAUUUAUUUUCUUUUUUUUUUCGUCUUUUGCUAACAGAUAGGAGCAUACACAAAAAACAAUUGUGUUUUUUUAGUCUUAGUGUUAGAGGAGAUUUCAAUGCGUCGGUUAUAAACAAGACUAAACAUAGAACUGGAGACAGCUGAGAGACAUUGCUAGAAUUAGAAAGAGUCAUUUGGUUUCAAUUAAUUGUCUUGUAUGGAUAUGUUGUGGAAAAUGGAGCAGCUUGGUUAAAAUAACAUAACCGAAACAUUUUCUAGAGGGUCAGGAACAGCGUGGAAGAUGAUUAAUCAAUAUAAAUACACCUAUUAUAACAAUGAGACGGAAUGAUUUAUUGAUAGUGACAUGUUACAGGAGUAAUCAAUUAAUAAUAAUUCAUUGUACUGUAAUAUCGAAUAAUUUGCCUUUCGCUCCGAUCAUGUGGAUGUUGAGAAAUAAAUAUAAAUAAACUAUU